GUCGUUUUAGUCGUCUCCUUGAACGUUCGAAACAAAAAGCUCACUUGCGAAUUCCAGAGGUAGAGCGCGAGAGAGAGAGAAAGAAAGCUCGAGACUUUCGCUGCUGCGUGCGCAGAACCUCGUCGGGUUUGCGUCAUCACACUCUUCCAUGAAGGCCGUUAGUAGAAUCUGUUGUGGCUUUAUCUGUUAGAAGAAGGCAUUUCUCAUGUUAUCCAUCCCUGACACCAGGAUGUGGAACCUAGCCUCCAGCUAUCUCACCGGACCGAAACACCACGAAACAAGAAGACCAGUCCAUGAUGUCCAUGCUCAUGAUGAAUGUUCUGAUGACGAAUCCUCCUCUGUAGGAAGCAGCAAAGAGGAAGAAGGUCUCGAGUGUCCCAUUUGCUGGGAGUCAUUCAACAUUGUCGAGAACGUUCCCUACGUGCUCUGGUGCGGCCACACCAUGUGCAAGAACUGCAUCUUGGGCCUCCAGUGGGCUAUCGUGAAGCUACCUACCCACCCGGUCCAGCUCCCUCUCUUCAUCUCGUGCCCCUGGUGCAACAAACUCUCCUUCCGUCUCGUCUUCAAAGGAGCCCUCAGGUUCCCUCACAAGAACUACUUUGUGCUCUGGAUGGUCGAGAGGAUGAACGGCGAGAGACGCACUUCUCAAACGGAUGAUCAUCAAAGAGAGCCUCCUCCUCCUCCUCCAUCUCCAUGUCUCCACCACCGUCAUCAUAGGGACAACGUGCAGACUUCACUGAGGAAGUCUCUGGUUUUCUUUGUCCAGUUGACAGCAAAGUUCCCGUUGGUGGUCAUGUGCUUGCUGAUAAUACUCUACGCAGUACCUAUCUGUGCAGCCAUUUUGGUUAUGUACAUUCUAGUCACUCUCCUGCUGGCUCUACCGUCGUUUCUCAUCCUCUACUUUGCGUAUCCUUGUCUUGACUGGCUCGUCAGGGAGAUUGUCACAUGAAACUUAUCCGGCUCCAUGUAGGUAUAAUGAUUUUUGGGAAUCAUCCGUCUUUUCUUUAUCUAUGUAGGAAGGUAAUAGUAUUGUUAUAUUUUGAGGAUCUUCCAUGUGAAUGCUUGAGAUUUGUCUCAAUAAGAUUUGUGUGAAAAAAAAGAACUCUUUAACUU